GUAAAGAAAUGGUUGAUUAUAUAGCCGAUUACUUGAAAAAUAUACGUAGUAGAAGGGUUUUUCCUGAUCGAGUACCGGGAUUUCUACGUUUACAAAUACCUGAGAGUGCUCCAAUAGAAGGAGAACCAUGGAUAGAUAUAUUCCCUGACAUAGAAAAUAUUAUUAUGCCGAGCGUUACACACUGGCAAAGUCCACAUAUGCACGCUUAUUUCCCGGCUUUAAACUGUUUCCCGUCUUUGCUAGGCGACAUGCUCUCGGAUGCGAUCAACUGCAUUGGAUUUACAUGGGCAUCAAGCCCUGCAUGUACAGAGUUAGAAACAAUAGUCUUAAAUUGGCUUGGAAAAAUGAUCGGUUUACCUGAUGAUUUCCUACAUACUAGAAAUGAUUCCCUAGGAGGGGGCGUAAUUCAGACAACAUCAAGCGAGGCGACUUUAGUGUGCCUAUUGGCGGGAAGAACCCAGGCAAUUAAAAAGUAUCAAGAAAUAUAUCCCGAUUUGGAAGAUGUAGAAAUAAAUGCUCGAUUAGUCGGCUAUUGCUCCGAUCAAGCUCAUUCUAGCAUUGAAAAGGCCGCCCUUAUCGGUUUAGUAAAAAUGAGAUAUGUAGAGACUGAUGACAAUCUCUCAAUGAGAGGACCAGCGUUACUACAAACAAUUAAAAAAGACAGAGAAAAAGGAUUAAUUCCAUUUUGGGUGUGCGCAACUUUAGGGACGACCGGCGCUUGUGCAUUUGACAACCUGGAAGAAAUAGGAGCAAUAUGUGCUGAAGAAGAAAUAUGGCUGCACGUGGACGCUGCUUAUGCCGGUAGUGCAUUCAUUUGUCCGGAGUUUCGAAUUUGGCUGAAAGGUGUCGAAAACGCCAACUCUAUUGCAUUCAAUCCAUCAAAAUGGCUAAUGGUACAUUUCGAUUGUACAGCCAUGUGGGUUAAAAGCAGUGCCGCCCUGCACAGAACCUUUAACGUUGAACCACUCUAUUUAAAACACGAAAAUUCAGGACUUGCAAUAGAUUACAUGCAUUGGCAAAUUCCCUUAAGUAGAAGAUUUAGGGCAUUGAAAUUAUGGUUUGUAAUUCGAAAUUACGGUAUCAAAGGGCUACAAAAUCAUAUAAGAGAAGGCGUACGUCUGGCUCAGAAAUUUGAAUCGUUACUAUCGGCCGAUUGUCGGUUUGAAAUAGCGGCACGAAGGCAUUUGGGUUUGGUAGUUUUUCGUUUGGUUGGAGAAAACCAUCUGACGGAGAAGUUGUUAAAGAGGCUAAAUUCGAGAGGAAAUUUGCAUUGUGUACCGGCUGCUAUUAAAGAUAAAUAUGUAAUAAGAUUUACAGUAACGUCACAAUUUACUACAGUAGAUGAUAUUGUAAGAGAUUGGAAAGAAAUUAAAGUAGUAUCUGAAAGUGUACUAUCGGAGGUCGCGGAUGAAAAGAAUAAGACCAGAGUUAAACUGGCAGACACGAAGGAGAGGAAUGAAAAUUUUGGCACAAGUUUGUUGCUUGCCAAUUCACCAAUGUCGCCCAAAAUUGUUAAUGGCAGCUUUGCGGCGGUGUAUGAUCAAAAUGAUAUUUUAGCGGAGUACUCCUCCACAUUUAGUAACCUAUAUAGUUCCCCGCAGAAUAACAGUCCAUCAAUGCGUAGACGGAUCCGUGGAAUAUUAAUGAGCGGAAAACAAUUUUCUUUAGAUUCUCGUUUGGACCUUUUUCAUGGAAUUGAAGGUAAUAAAGAAAUUUCCACAGCCUCUGACCUUACUACUACUCCACUUCUGGAAGAUUCUCAAGAAAAUGAAGGAAAUUAUGAUGAUCAUGAAUGUUCUACCAAAACCGACAAUGAUUUCUUGAUACCGCCACUAAAUCGUCACGGCAGAUCCAGAUCAGUUGAUCAUCAAGGUGCUAUGCUGAUUACCGAACCUGCAAUACAUAAGAAAUGCGAAAAAUGUGGACAUUUAGUUUCUAAGUAGAUCAAAUAUCAGACACGUGUAUAAAUAAUAUCGUUUUGGUGUCAUUCAGUUAUUGUAUCAUUGAAGAGGUUUCCCAAUCUCUUCUGCUGCUGCUGCUGUGCAAUGCAAUAACAAUACCUAUCUAUAACUAUAUAUUGUUCUCAUGUACCUAUACCAUUGAUGUUAGUAAAUGUUUCAUGAUCGUAA